AUGGAUUUUGUACCAAAAGACACGUCAAUGACUUGCCAUGGAGAUUUUCUCAUGCUCUGCAUCUAUAACGCCAGGACAGUCUCCACCAACGCCGAUCUUCACGCCCUCCUCGAAGCUGCAGGGCGCGUCAAGUACCAAGUUGGAGGCGUUGGAUUUGUCGUACAUCCGUCUGUUGUCCAUCUUGUCGAUUCGCAUGAGAUCCCAUCACCUCGUCUGGCUAUUUUUUGA